CAGGAAUUGAUGUGCUUUCAAUUGACGUGCCAUUAUGCUGCUGCACCUGUGCAGUGUUAAGAACUUGUACCAAAACAGGUUUCUAGGCCUGGCAGCAAUGGCAUCACCAUCCAGGACUUCUCAGAACAGACGUCGAUGUAAAGAGCCAAUGCGAUAUAGCUACAACCCUGAGCAGUUUCAUAAUGUUGAUGUCCGGAAUCAAACCCAUGAAGCCAUCACCAUGCCAAGAUCUAAUAGUGACACAGACCUGGUUACCUCAGAUAGCCGCUCAACGCUGAUGGUCAGCAAUUCUUACUAUGCCAUUGGGCAGUCUCAGAACAUUGUAAUUUGCUGGGACAUUAAAGAAGAGGUAGAUGCCGGAGACUGGAUUGGAAUGUAUCUCGUAGAUGAGGUGCUUUCUGAAAACUUUCUGGACUAUAAGAACCGAGGGGUCAAUGGGUCCCACAAAGGUCAGAUUGUCUGGAAAAUUGUUGCCAGCUCGUACUUUGUGGAACCUGAAACAAAAGUCUGCUUUAAGUAUUAUCACGGAGUGAGUGGAGCUCUACGGGCCACAACUCCCAGCGUGACUGUGAAGAACCCCUCUGCUGCUAUCUUUAAACCCAUCACCAGUGAAGAAGUGGCACAGAGUCAAGGGAGUCGAAGACUGAUCAGUUUUUCUCUGUCAGAUUUUCAAGCUGUGGGACUGAAAAAGGGAAUGUUCUUCAAUCCAGACCCUUACCUGAAGAUUGCCAUCCAGCCUGGGAAACAUAGCAUCUUCCCGGCUUUGCCUCACCACGGACAAGAGAAGAGAUCUGGGAUAGUCUACAAUACCAUCAACCCUGUCUGGGAAAGACAGCAGUUCAGUUUUGUCUCCGUGCCAACGGAUGUGUUGGAGAUUGAAGUGAAGGACAAGUUUGCCAAAAGCCGGCCGAUCAUAAAGCGAUUCCUGGGAAAGCUCUCUAUGCCAGUGCAGAGGCUCCUGGAGAGACAUGCUAUAGGGGACAGAGUCUUGAGCUACACCCUGGGCAGGAGGCUGCCAACAGAUCAUGUCAGCGGGCAGCUGCAGUUCAGAUUUGAGAUAACAUCUUUCAUUCAUCAAGAUGAUGAAGAGGUCUCAAUCAGCACUGAACCUGAAACAGUAGCUGCCCAGGAGGAUCAUGUAGAGGACUUGGAUGCAGAUCCUUGCUGCGAACCCCAAGCGACUCAUAGCAACAUCAUGGAGCCUGCAGCGCCAGAGCAGAUAAAUGGAUGUGAUGGAGCCUCUCUGAAUACAGGUUCCAGCAGUCCUGAGGCAGCAACUUCAAUGAGGGAAAUCAGCCAUCUGGCUGUUAGUGAAGUCCAGAGUGAAGAAAGUGAACCAAAAGCAGAAGAGACAGGUAUUCUUAGAGAUCCUACACCAAAUGAAGAGCAACCACCGUCAGACCCUCAAACAGCAUCAGAAGACCAAGAUGUAUGUGUCAGCUUACAGGUGGAAAAUGAAACAGAUGAAAGUAAUACUCAGAGAGAGGAAUUGGGGGAAGCCCCUUCCGAACCUCCAGCUGAUGUGGACAAUUCAGACAGCACAGUAAGCAAAGAGGAAGGAGAGGACAAAGGGGCGUCGGUUGAACCAAUGGGAGACACUUUAGGGCAGGAAGAGGAAGAGGACGAGGGCUGUUCACCUCGGAUGAGGACAGCCCUAAAACGGAAAAACAGGCCUUGCUCGCUGCCCGUCUCCGAACUGGAGACAGUUAUAGCCUCUGCCUGUGGGGAACCUGAAACACCGCGCUCUCACUACAUCCGCAUUCACCAUUUGCUUCACAGCUUGCCCUCGGCCCAAAUGAGUGACGAUACUGAGGAGGACCCUGCCAACGCUGACUCAGAAGAUGUGACACUAAAGCCAACAGAAGAGAAGGACCUAACAGAUCUAACAGAAGAUAGUUUCUCUGAGGCUCAGUCCCACAACAUCACCUUGGACUCAGACAAUUGUGGACGAAGGACUUUACCCCGCAGCUUGUCCAUUGAGCGCCUUUCAGACUUGAACCAGCUGCUGGAAAGUGAGCAGCCGAGGAUGGUGAGCGAGAGCGAUUCGAGUCAGAGGCCGACAGGGGAGAAUGGCUGUGACACGUGUGACAAGUCCUGCUACAGCACGUCUUGUUACAGCACCUCCUGCUACAGCAACUCAGGCUACGAGGGUGCGAAUCGCUUCUCAAGCCAUACCCGUUUCUCUUCAGUGGACAGUGCUCGCAUGUCAGAGAGCACAGUCUUUUCCUCGCAAGACGACGAAGAAGAAGAGAACAGUGCCUUUGAAUCGGUUCCUGAUUCAGCACAGAGCCUGGACCCCAAUGAUCAAGAGACAGGUUACAGCACCACCCAGUGGCCAGAAGACCAGAUUGCGCAAGAUGGGAGUCCACAGAGUAACACUGAAAGUGGCGAAUCUCCAGUGGCAGGAACAAGCAAUAGAACGGAAGGCGAUUUUCCCUUGCCAUCCAGUCAUCCACCAGUCAGCCAACUGCCUGCUUUGCGAUCUGAUCCCCACCAUUACCCAACUAUUGAUGAACCGUUGCCACCAAAUUGGGAAGCGAGAAUUGACAGCCAUGGAAGAGUGUUUUAUGUGGAUCAUAUAAACCGAACAACAACCUGGAAACAGCCCACAACAGCAGACACUCAAGAUGGGAUCCGACGCUCAAGUUCUGUACAACAAAUGGAGCAACUGAACAGGAGGUACCAGAACAUUCAGAGGACCAUUGCAACAGAGAGAACGGAGGAUGAGGCAAGCAGUCAGAGCAGCGAAGGACCAGGGACAACUGAAACCGAUUCAGAUUGCUCAGUGCAAACCACAGAAACAAGAAGAGAAGGGCCCUCAUCUCCUGUCAACAGUCAGAAGAUCACCCUGUUACUGCAAUCCCCAGCUGUCAAGUUUAUCACACACCCCGAGUUCUUCACAGUGCUCCAUGCAAACUAUGCUGCCUAUCGAAUGUUUACGAACAGCACUUGCCUGAAGCACAUGAUUCUGAAGAUCCGCAGGGAUGCUCGCAACUUUGAGCGCUAUCAGCACAACAGAGACCUGGUGACAUUUCUCAACAAGUUUGCUGACACUCAGCUGGAGCUGCCACGGGGCUGGGAGAUCAAAACUGACCAACAAAGCAAGUCCUUUUUUGUUGACCACAACAGUCGGGCCACAACCUUCAUUGAUCCCAGAAUUCCUCUUCAAAAUGGCUGCUUGCCGAACCAUUUGACACACAGGCAGCAUCUGCAGAGACUUCGCAGUUACAGUGCUGGAGAGGCAUCCGAUGUAUCCAGAAGUCGAGGGUUGUCUUUGUUAGGAAGACCUGGCAAUAGCCUGGUAGCGGCAAUCAGGAACCAAAAUCACCAUGAUGCAGUACCAUUAGGCUAUAAUGACAAGAUAGUAGCUUUCCUUCGCCAACCCAACAUUUUUGAGAUACUUCAGGAGAGACAGCCAAGCCUGUCCAGAAACCAUGCACUGAGGGAGAAGAUUCAUUACAUAAGAACAGAAGGGACUCACGGAGUAGAAAAGUUAUCGUGUAAUGCAGACCUAGUCAUUUUGUUAAGCCUCUUCGAAGAAGAGAUCAUGUCAUACGUCCCGCCACAUUCCUCAUUUCAUCUCGGCUUCAGCUUCUCUCCCCGUUGCUCUCCUGGGUCCUCACCUCAGAACUCCCCAGGAUUGCAGAGAGCUAGUGCCAGGGCCCCUGCACCAUACCGCAGAGAUUUUGAAGCAAAGCUCCGCAACUUUUAUAGAAAGCUGGAGGCAAAGGGUUAUGGACAAGGGCCAGGUAAAAUCAAAUUGAUUGUCCGUCGAGAUCACCUACUGGAGGGCACUUUUAAUCAGGUGAUGGCCUACUCACGCAAGGAACUCCAGCGAAACAAGCUCUAUGUUUCCUUCGUGGGUGAGGAAGGCUUGGACUACAGUGGACCCUCAAGAGAAUUCUUCUUCCUGCUUUCCCAAGAACUGUUCAACCCCUACUACGGCUUGUUCGAGUACUCUGCUAAUGACACGUACACAGUGCAGAUCAGCCCCAUGUCAGCAUUCGUUGAAAAUCAUCUGGAAUGGUUCAGGUUCAGUGGCCGUAUCCUUGGCCUGGCAUUGAUUCACCAGUACCUACUGGAUGCUUUUUUUACAAGACCUUUCUACAAGGCUCUGCUGAGACUCCCGUGUGACCUGAGUGAUCUAGAGUUCCUUGAUGAGGAGUUCCAUCAGAGUUUACAGUGGAUGAAGGACAAUGACAUCACUGACAUCCUGGACUUAACCUUUACUGUAAAUGAGGAGGUGUUUGGACAGGUUACAGAAAGGGAGUUAAAAUCUGGUGGCGCCAAUCUGCAAGUGUCGGAGAAAAACAAAAAAGAGUACAUAGAGCGAAUGGGGAAAUGGAGAGUGGAACGAGGAGUGGUUCAGCAGACAGAGGCUUUGGUUAGAGGCUUCUACGAGGUUGUGGAUUCAAGGCUAGUGUCAGUUUUUGACGCCCGGGAACUUGAGCUCGUUAUAGCUGGCACUGCUGAGAUUGAUUUGAAUGACUGGCGAAAUAACACAGAGUAUCGGGGAGGUUACCAUGAUGGUCACAUUGUAAUCCGUUGGUUUUGGGGAACGGUGGAGCGUUUUAACAAUGAGCAGAGGCUGCGGCUGCUGCAGUUCGUCACCGGCACCUCCAGUGUUCCCUAUGAGGGGUUCGCCGCCCUCAGAGGAAGUAAUGGACUCAGGAGAUUCUGCAUAGAGAAGUGGGGCAAAAUCACCUCUCUUCCAAGGGCACACACAUGUUUCAACCGCCUUGAUCUUCCUCCCUAUCCAUCCUACACAAUGCUGUAUGAGAAGCUGCUGAUAGCCGUGGAGGAAACCAGCACGUUUGGGCUGGAGUGAAGACCACAGACUGAUGUCCAAUUCAAUGGUUGCUGACAUUACCCUUUUCAUAUUAAUUGAUUUUAAGAAGACAAUGAUGUCUUUUUCUUCUUUUUUUUCUAAAUAAAUAUGGAAAUAUAAAUCAGGACUGAAAAGAACCUCUGCAUGUAUUAAUCACCUGAUAUAAUGUAUUCGCCCUGGGGGCUUGCAAAAACCAACAUAAGUUGUAUAUGCAAUAGCAAAUAACUGUCUCCAGGCUUCUCAAAGCCUUGGCAUAAUCACACAGGUGUUACUGCAAAGCAAGCAUAGCUGUCCUUCACCAUCCCCUUCAUUACACCAGAACAGUGCAAGAAUUGACAUGAAAACCAUUGUCUUCUGCCAGGUAACGCUAUCCACCAUUGCUCAUCUCUGACCAACCCAUUGUUGCAUAACUCUUACUUCUGAAGACUUUUGCAGAUUGACUUUAGAAAAAUUGAUCUUUGACUGUGGAAUUAUUUUGUACAUUACAUUUAAAAUCUUUUGCAAUGAUUUUUUUUUUUAUAAACUAUUGCUUUACACACCUGUCAGUCCGUCAGCCAAAAUUUUCUGUUGAAGUAAAACACAAAGAGGUCAAGUUACUCAUUAGAGUAUGCAGUAUGUACCCUUUCUACCAUGCAAGUAAGUGUAGCUUGUGCUUCGGCAGUCCAGAAGACAUCUUUGCUGCAGUAGAAGCAUAAGAUCUGCAAAUCCAGGAAGAGGUCUCAUUGUCAAACAUUAUGGACAAAUGCUUAUAUAUGAUAAUAAUGUUACAAUUUGGUUAUUUGAAUUUAUGUAUUUAUUUACUUGUGUGUUUCCUUCCUUUUCCUGCAAAUGACCGAAAACUUCUUAUUAAAUAUCAGAAUCCAUUUUUUAUUAUUUAUUAUUGCCAGGGCUGUAGAUUUUUAUUUGUAUUUUUACUGAUGGGUUCUGAGUUCAUGUGUUCAUAGUGGCUGCAGAGUUUAACAACUAAAGGAAUAAAAAGACGGGUGAGCAAACCUAAUUUUCUUUUUAGUAACAUAUCCCAAAUCAGUUGUAUUCAAUUGAAACAGUGGCAGAUCUAAAAGCAAGUAUUGUAGUUUAUUGUAUCUAUGUCAACAGACAAGAAGGACACCUUGUACUGUGCUCUGCCACCAUUUACAUCAGCCUAAUGUACCGACACUACGGCAGAAAGGAGGCCUAGUCACUACAGAAUGCAGCUUCUUUUCUGUGAGCUUGACUUGGCUAAAGUUUGCUUAAAGAAGACAAGUUUGUUGUAAGGGAAUCUCAAAUUGAAUAAUGCUAAGCCUUAAGUCUACUGAAAGAUAAACGGGUUAAAGAGAGAGAUUGAUGUGUUUCUUCAGAAUAAUUUAAUACAUCUGGGGAGAAAGCAGGAGCAUGUCUUUCAUACAGUGCCAUCAGUUCUUAUAAAGUUGGCCAAAUGACCUCUUAUGCCUAUACCAACCAGGGAACAACAAAAAAAAGAAAGAAAGAAAUGCUCUUGGUCACUUGGGAUUAAGUCAGCUGUACUUAACUUACAGUAGGAAGUGUCAAGUUUGAUUUGUGAUGUGCAACCUUUUCAGUUAAAAAAUGGCCAAAUGUUAGUAGAGCCUUAAUAAACAAAAUGGUGUAUAUAACAACGUUUAAAUUGAAUGAACACAACAUUUCAGUACCGGUAUAUACAACCCCCCUAUAAUGUGCAAAUUUGAGUGCUAAAUAAGCGACACAAACAACAAUAGUAGGUCACAAGCUGUCCUGCCCUUAAUAAACCCAACUAUUAAUAUCCUUUUAAUGGAAGGUAUUUUUAAAACAAAUUGGGUUCUGAUUAUUUUGUUUUGAAACAAUCAUCUCCCUUUAGUGUACAGCAGCUAUUUUUCGAUUUCAGUCUGUUAAGUUUUAUUUAACCAUAGUGCUCUCAGCAGGCCAUUGCUGUAUUCCAUGUGGUGGUGCCAGACAGACUAGAGGCCGGCUGGUGUCUGUACCCAGGUGAAAACUGUAAACGGAAUAAUUGUUUUGUAAAUUAUGCUAAUUCUGUAACAAAGAAAUUGAUACUCUUUAGCCAAAAAAAAAUAACCUGAAUAAUUUCAUGUUGGGGUUAUCGUUAAUUCUAUGUUGGUUUACCUUGCAAAUUAUGGUGUUUGGCAAUAAAAGCUUUCAUCUGCACUAUCAGGUGAAAUUCAAGAAAAAUCAGAGGAAAAUUACACAAGUAAGAAAAAUUAUACACUAGCUACAUUUAUUUGGUUAUUUGACAGUUUAUAAAUCUAUAAACAUACAUUUAUAAACUGAUGAUAUAGAUUACACAAAGAUAUUUAAUAAAUCCAUCACCAUAUCUGCUUGUUUGUGGCAUUGCAAAUGAGGACAUAUGGGAACGUAAAAAAAGGUUGGAUCUUGGAGCCUCGCUGACAAAAUACAAAAAUAUUAGCCACGUCAAACAAUGACAUGAAGGCCUCAGAAUAGUUCCAGUAUAAUGUGAAAAAUGUUUUCUAGACAAAAAAUAAUCCCAGUGUCAAACAGCUAAGCAUUAGAGAAACUGAAUAUAAAAUAUCCACCCAAACUCCUUGCAGUAGAGUUUUUGUUAUCUUUAUUUAUUUAUGUAUUUGUUUGUUUGUUUAUUGAUUAAUUCAUUUAUCUGUUCUGUUCAUGUGACUGUUUUGCCACUGAUAUUAUUAUUUCAUCCACAUUUCAUACAUGUAAAUAACAAUAAGAAAAUUAAUAACAUUUCAAUCAAGCUCCUGCAGAGUUGUUGUAGAAUGUAAUGUUACAAGUAUUUUUUAUUGAAGUUGUGUUUAAAAGAUGUCCUAACAGGAGAAUUCAUUUUUUUCAUCCAUCCCCUUUUCACCUGCAUAGUGUGUAAGCCAUGUCUAGAUAAGGUACUGUUUUCAGAAGAACUGGGUACAUUUUCCAAAAUGAGCUUCAGGUUCAGUGUUAAACGGCAGAUUUAAAUUGACUUGUCCACAUUUGAUUUGCUUCUGAGAUUACUCACACCGGUCUCUUAACAAGGGUGAACUCAUGUAAUGACUGAUGUAAUGCUUUGUUUUAAUAACAGGUCACUUAAUUCUCAGGCUGUGCUUUCUAUUGAAUCAUAUUACUG